GAUGAGAUGCCAAAGAAAAGCACUAACCUAACCAGCUGGUUUCAGGCCUCAGCCUAAGCCUGAGGUGCCAUCCAUCGCCUUAAGCUUUUAAUCUAACUCGUGAUACGCAGAAUUCAAGACGAUCCUGCCCUAACUAGCUACCAACCACCCAUUCCGCUGCCGCUAACUAAAAAACGAAAAGCAUAGAUAUUUCCAGAGAGACAUAAAUCUUGCCAAAACCCCAAAACAAAAAUAUCUGUGAUCUAAGAUGUCGCCAAAACUCCCCUCUCCCUCUCACUUUCACCUUCACUCUCAUUCUCAGGGACAGCAGAAGAAGUUUAAGAAGCAGGGUGUCUUCGGAGACAUGUACAGCAUGAUGCUGUUUCCGCUCCCCCUUCCCAAAGAUGUGUCGAUCAUUAUGGAAUCCGACAAAGACUCCGCCUUUCAACUACCUAACCUUGCACAUGCUUUCCGAGAAUUUCUGGGGACUAGGGAGGUUGGCGAGUUUGUUAGCGGGGCUCUUGCAGGAGCUAUGACUAAAGCCGUACUUGCCCCUCUUGAGACCAUCAGGACAAGAAUGGUGGUUGGUAUUGGCUCCAAAAAUAUAGCUGGUAGCUUUGUUCAGGUUAUAGAGGAGCAGGGUUGGCAAGGAUUGUGGGCUGGAAACACCAUCAAUAUGCUUCGUAUAAUUCCUACACAAGCUAUUGAGCUUGGCACCUUUGAGUGUGUAAAACGCGCAAUGACAUCUCUCCAAGACAAAUGGAAACUGGAAGAAUGCCCCAAGUUGCAGAUAGGUUCCAUCAACUUGAACUUGUCUUUGUCCUGGAUUUCACCUGUUGCUGUGGCCGGGGCAGCUGCAGGGAUUGCCAGCACACUCUGUUGUCACCCUCUUGAGGUUAUCAAGGAUCGGUUGACUGUAAGUCCUGAAGUCUACCCGAAUUUGAGCAUUGCAGUUAGAAAUAUUUAUAAAGACGGUGGUAUUGGUGCUUUUUAUGCUGGUAUAUCACCUACUCUGAUUGGCAUGCUUCCGUACAGCACAUGUUAUUACUUCAUGUAUGAUACAAUAAAGAAGUCUUAUUGUGAGACGAAAAAUAAGAAGUCUUUAAGUCGUCCAGAGAUGCUUGUGAUUGGGGCUCUAGCGGGUUUUACUGCCAGCACAAUUAGCUUCCCUUUAGAGGUGGCGAGGAAGCGGUUGAUGGUGGGAGCUUUACAAGGUAAGUGCCCACCAAAUAUGGCAGCUGCACUUUCAGAAGUGAUUCAAGAAGAAGGCUUGAAGGGACUCUACAGAGGUUGGGCUGCAAGCUGUUUGAAGGUCAUGCCGUCCUCUGGCAUCACCUGGAUGUUCUAUGAGGCAUGGAAGGACAUACUGGUUGUCCAAAAGUGUCAUUCAUUAUAGCCUAUCAAAAGCUACCAUGGGUUUGUUAACUGCACAGAUUAUGCAAGUUAAUCAUGGCGAACCCUUUUUGUUUUUUAAUUUGGGAAUUGGUGAAUUAAAUACCAUAAGAAAGAGGGAUUGCAUAACCAUUUGGCCUCAGCAGCCAGUUGGUUAGCUUGUAGGGAUUGUUCACUCCUGCUAACCAGUCAGCCUGACUCUUUCAUUUAUUUAUUUUUUAGAUUUUAAUGUUGAUAUGGAGAUUCUCAUCAUACAAAAGGGUAAACGGAGGAGUUUGGAGAAAUUUGCUGUUUCCUAUUUCCUCCGAUCAUAUCCUCAAAUUGUAUUAGUUCAACUUUAAUCUUAGUUAACCAUACAAAUAAUAUUCCUGGUA